UCUACAUUCACAAAUCAUCCUUGAUUACCUCUCUUCACCUAAUAUUAAGGGCUUAUAGAGAUGGCUUCAAAGAGCAAGGCUUCACUAGUUCUCUUUCUAGCACUCAAUCUGCUCUUUUUCGCCAUGGUGAGUGGCUGUGGAACUUGCGGUAGCCCGACUCCAAAACCAAAACCAACACCAACACCACAGCCUAAGCCAAAUAAGGCUACCUGCCCUAAAGACACCUUGAAACUUGGGGUGUGUGCCAAUCUGCUUGGUGGGUUGGUUGGAGUUGAAGUGGGUUCACCACCCGUGAAACCAUGCUGCACCCUCAUCCAAGGCCUUGCUGACCUUGAGGCUGCGGUUUGCCUAUGCACUGCCAUCAAAGCUAAUGUCUUGGGCAUCAAUCUAAAUGUUCCCGUGUCCCUUAGCUUGCUGCUUAAUGUUUGUGGCAAGAAAGUCCCAAGUGGCUUCAAAUGUGCCUAAGUUAAACAGCUUAUAAAUAUGUGAUUUCUUCUUCAUUUUCUUAUCAAACUUCCAAGUUUCUUUCGUGUAAGAGCUUAGGUCUGAAGGCUCAUGUGAUCACUUUUCAUUUAUGCUUUUUAUUAAUUAAUUAUAUUGUAUUUCAUCAUAUCAUUGUAACGGUUUGUGUUAAACUAAAGUUAUAUAUAGUUUUGUGUUGAUUAUUGUUAA